AUGACACGAGUGUCUAUUGUACUCAAAAUCAUUGAAUUGGUUUGUGAUAUAAUUGCGGUAAUUUUAUGUGGUGCUGGGCCAAGUCUUAACGAGGGUAACGGACGUCGAGCCUUGUGUCAGAAACGACAUUGGUAUAUAAUUGAAAUUGCUUGGUGUAUAUUUAUUGCUUUGUUUUAUUUCAUUUCAAGUAUUGUUAUUGCAACUGCUGCAAAAGACAGUGGUGUUUAUGGCGCUGCAGCGUUCUUUGGCUUUGCAGCUUUUUGUACUUAUGUAGCUGAUGCAAUUUACCAAUUUCUUGAACUUCGCAGCACUCCACGCGCAGAACAAUACGCAACAAAUACAUCACCAGGAAAUGCUUAA